GGAGACGCUGAGAAACAGGCGCAAACACCUACUGGAAAUGUUCUACUACUGUUGCGCAAACGAUCGGUGCCUUUCACGAAAGCAAGCGUUGCUGUGUGACUGGAUCAGAGUGAGAAAAUCAGCUCAGAGGUCCCAGAUAUGUGUUUGGUGAGAGUGGGACUCCGUGUUGGACUGCUGCACUGAUGAAUUGAACAGUGUGAAGCCCUCCAGUUGCACUGGAUUCUGCAAACUAGCAGUUGGUUGACUUUUGAGGUUCCUCACCCUGAGCUGAGAAUUGAAAAAGAAAUGACUGUGGCCAGUGCAAAGUCUGGUUCAGUCAUGCAGCAGGUCUUGGACAAUCUGAAAGAUCUGCCAUCAGGCACAGGAGCCAAAGAUAUUGACCUGAUCUUCCUCAGGGGUGUCAUGGAGAGCCCCAUUGUCCGCUCCCUCGCUAAGGCUCACGAACGUCUUGAGGAAGUGAAGCUACAGCCCGUACAGGAAGAUAACGUUCUUCUGGUGAAGGAGAUCGUGGAUUCUCUGAACACCCUGUUGGAGAAAGAUGCUGCCGCAGCAGAGCUUUCCAAAAUCCUCCAAGAACCACAUUUUAAGUCUUUGAUUGAGGCUCACGAUAAAGUGGCCGCAAAGUGCUACGAAAUGCCUCAUGUCACGCUGAACAGCGAUGCCCCGACGACGAGUCUGCUCAUGCCCAUCAAUGCUGUCAGGAUGAUUGGCAUCCAGAAGAGAGCCGGUGAACCACUGGGGGUGACGUUUCGAGUGGAGCGGGGAGAAAUGGUGAUUGCACGGAUCCUGCAUGGCAGCUCGAUUGACAGACAGUGCACGCUGCACGCAGGAGACAUAAUCCAGGAGGUGAACGGUUGCAAUGUCAGCAGUAAUCCACAAGAGCUCCAAGAGCUGCUGAGGGACUGCAGUGGGAGCAUCACACUCAAAGUCCUGCCCAGCUACAAGGAGACACCUGCACCUCCACAGGUUUAUCUGAAGGCUCAUUUCAACUACAACCCAUCAACAGACAACCUGAUCCCGUGUAAAGAGGCGGGGCUGGCAUUCUCCAAGAGAGACAUUCUUCACGUCGUUAACAAGGAGGACCCCAACUGGUGGCAAGCACGUAACGUUGCUGGAGGAGCCACUGGUCUGAUCCCCAGCCAGUUCUUGGAGGAGAAGAGGAAAGCUUUUGUGAGAAGAGACUGUGAUACGUCUGGUGCAGGAAUGCUCUGUGGAACUCAAACUUUAAAGAAAAAGAAGAAAAAAAUGAUGUACCUCACCUCAAAGAAUGCAGAAUUUGACCGUUACGAGCUGCAGAUUUAUGAAGAGGUAGCAAAGAUGCCGCCGUUUCAGAGGAAAACGCUCGUACUGAUCGGAGCCCAGGGUGUUGGUAGGCGGAGCCUGAAGAACAGACUGAUUGUCAUGAACCCACUGCGAUAUGGAACCACUGUACCCUUCACCUCACGGCCUCCGAGGGAAGAGGAAAGACACGGACAGAACUACUGCUUUGUGACGCGGGCGGAGAUGGAAAAGGAUAUCAAGGACAGCCGUUAUCUGGAGCACGGCGAAUACGACGGCAACCUUUAUGGCACCAAGAUAGACUCCAUCCAUGAAGUGGUGGACACGAGCCGGACCUGCAUCCUCGAUGUCAAUCCUCAGGCCCUGAAAAUGUUGAAGACUGCUGAGUUCAUGCCAUUUGUGGUGUUUAUUGCUGCUCCUGAACUGGACACACUAAGAGCUAUGCACAAAGCCGUGGUCGACGCUGGACUGACCACCAAACUGCUCACAGAGAACGACCUAAAGAAGACCGUGGAUGAGAGUGCCAGGAUCCGCCGGGCGUACAGCCACUACUUUGACCUGACCAUUACCAACGACAAUCUGGACAAGGCCUUUGACAAACUGCAGGAGGCCGUCGAGCGAUUGUUCAUAGAGCCGCAGUGGGUACCCGUCAGCUGGGUGUACUGAUGCUCUGCUCCUGACUGGUCAGACUGAAGUGUCCCAAGAUGCUCAGCCUGGGAAGAGAUGGGGCAGCCAGAGGGAACAGGGAUCCAACAGCCUGCUGCACACAAGGACAAAGUGGGGGACAAACCAGCGAGAAUGUGGGUUCCACUCCAACCCGCAGCUGAGUCACUUUGCUCUGACGUUCCAGAUACGUUCUAGCAUACUAUGCAAAUCAAAACAAAAAAAAGUGUACUUAUUUAUUGGAAAAAUGGUUUUAAGCAAAUGGUUUUGAUUCAGGGUGACUGGAAACAACAACUUACCAUUAUGUCAGGAAGGUUUAAGAGUAAAAAAAAAAUUUUUUUUGCUAUGUUUUUAAUUUUACAUUUGUAUGCAAGAUAGGACAAGCAUAUUUAUUCUGGAAAAAUGAGGGCUUGUUCCACAAAAAGAAUAAUACCUCAGUGUUACAGUUUACAGUGUAUAUACAUCAAGUAUUACUUCACUACAUAACUGCUUGGAGAAAACAACAGGGGAGACACGUUCUCUGUUCCCUUAAGGGAAAAAUGGUUCCUUGCACAUGGAUUAGUUAAAUGAUGGAAGAGAAAAUAUCACACAGAUAUACAAGAAAAUACUAUACGAUUUAUCUAAUGCCAAUUGGGGCACCACAGGCUUGUAUUAUCAUAAGUCACUUCAUACAUUUAUGACUGUUUAGAGCCGUCACUGCCGUGCUAAGAAAUAACUUUUCCACAGGACUAACAGGGUAAAAAUAUCCCUUUUGAUGUGAUUACUAGCACCUAACCUUUAAAAAUCAUUUAAUUCAAAGGUAUAUUUUACAAUAUUCCAGACAUGUAUUUUAAGAGGUCAAAUAAACAUGUUUUGUAAC